UUAUAAUUAAACUUUCAUAUGACAAAACUCAUACAAAAGUUGAAAGAACGAACUACACAUCAUAGCUUUAACUUAAAAUUAAACAAUAAAAAUCUAUAAAGAUGCCAAUUGAACAGAGACCAUAUAGUAGUGUUCUACAUCAAGCUGGUGAAAGAAAAGCCAUCAUUAAAUAUGUGGAAAUGAGUAAAGAAAUGCAACAAGAUGCUGUACAAACUGCUGCAAUGGCCAUGGAUAAAUAUAAUGACGACAAGGAUAUUGCAUUAUUUUUGAAAAAAGAAUUUGAUCGUAAAUAUGAACCGACAUGGCAUUGUGUGAUUGGAAGUAAAUUUUCAAGUUAUGUAACGCAUAUAAAACAAUUCUGUAUUUACUUUUCACUGGAAGAUCGUGGAGUGCUUCUUUUCAAAACUGUGUGAAGUAUUCAAUUGCCAUGGAUUUCUCAUCAUUUUCAUCAUCAUUUGUACUAGUUACGAUUAUAAUAUUAAUAUAGAUAUCAUGUUAACAUAUCGAGUUAAAACAACAAUAUGAUCUAUAAUAAUAUAUAUUUAGCUUUAUUUUGACGUAUUAAAUUUAUUUAAUUGAAAUCUAAAAUUCUCGUUGAUUCCUUUUAAAUUUUAUUCUGUGGAUAUUAGUGAUACCAAACUAUACUAGUUACAAUAUAAUGCGGUGAGUAAUCGAGAACUAUUCUUCUUGUCCAUAAUGCUAAG